AUGUUAAGUUUCUUCCUUUUUUGUGGAGUAUUUUCAAAUGAUAUCAUAAUAGCAGAAAAAGGCAAAGGAGGAUACAAGAUAAUGUUCCCAGCAAAUCCUCCAACCACCGAAAAAGGAGUAUAUUGGAAGCAGGCCGCAAUUGAAAUAAGAGAUGGCAUUCAAAAAAUCACGGGAGAAAGGCUCACUAUAGUUACUGAUGAAACCACUGAUACUAAAAACUUAAUUUUGGUAGGACCUACUAAAUUAUCACCACAAACCACCGUUAAACAGGUAGAUUCAGAGUCUGAUUUCUUUGAAAUAAAAUUUGUAGAUGGUAAUCUUGUUAUACUCGGAAAUAGAAGAGGAAUCGUUGCUGGAGCUUUCGAAUUACUUGAAAAAUUCGGCGGAGUGAGAUAUUAUUCAAGUUGGAUGUAUGUUUACCCACCAUCAGAUACAUUUAAAGUCCCAGAAAAUGUAAAUAUUCAAUCACAAGUACAUUUUGUUCAUCGCGAAAUAUUUGCAACAGAUUUCGAACUAAACUAUGACUAUUGUGCAAGAUCUCGAAUGAAUACUGCUAAUUGCCUUGCUUACUACUACGGAGGCGCCACUUCAGAGUACUAUGGAGGUGAAUCUUUCAAAGCUCUCAUGCAAGACAAUGAUUAUCCAGUUUCCAAGUACCCAGAACGCUUUGCUUUACUACCAGAUGGAAGGAGAUCGCAAUAUGCUCCAUGUUUAUCAAACGAUUUAACAUUCCAAAUUUUCAUGAAGAAAAUCAAUGCAGAUUUAGACAAAAGCGAAGUUUAUCUUAUUGAUGUAAGCCAAUUUGAUACUGGUGAUUACUGCCACUGUAACGAUUGUAAAGAAAAAAUGAAGAAAUACGGUGACAGAUUUUCAGGAGUGAAUUUAGAGUUCAUAAACAAAAUUGCAACAGCUCUUGAAAAGACACAUCCAAAGGUAUUGAUCAGAACAUUCGCAUGGGACUAUACUCGUAAAGCUCCGAAGAAUAUCAAAGCUCAUAAGAACGUAAUCAUCAGAUUUGCAGCAAUUGAUAUUGAUUACGGACAUCCAUUCGAAGGAAACUAUACAUGGUUGAACAAAGAUUACAUGAAUGAUAUUAAGGAAUGGUCAGAAAUUGCUUCAAGGUUCUAUGUAUGGGAUUACACAACUAACUUUGAUCAAAUCAUGAGUUUCCAUCCUAAUUAUCAUGUUAUUGCUCCUAAUAUCAAAACAUAUGCAAAAUAUGGAUUCAGAGGAAUGUAUUCAGAAGACACAAACUGGGCUUAUAUUAAUCUAUCAAACAAUGAACCUGUUUUCAAGAGAUACCACAAUGAUAUGGUAGAAUACAGAGGUUACAUGACAAUGAAAUUAUUAUGGGAUCCAAAUCAAAACAGUGAUUAUCUUGAAGAUGACUUUUUAUAUGGUUAUUAUGGUCCAAGUGCUGCUCCUUAUGUAAAACAGAUUCUUAAUGAAACAAAAGAUCUGAUGCUCAAUGAUUUCCCAAAGAAUUCAAUGAGAACAUAUCAUAAGGAAAUGCCUGAUUUCAUUCCUGAAGAAUUUAUUGAUCACAUCAAAAGAUUAUGGGAUAUGGCAAUAAAAGCAAGUAAAAAUGAUGCUGAAAUUGAUCCAAGAUAUAUUUAUAAUGUGAAAAUGUCUCAAUUAUCAUCUCUUUAUGUCCAAUACGUAAGGAACUUGCGAAGAGAAAAGAAGCCACAAGUUAUAAAUGGAAGAGUAACAAGUGGAUGUAAUGUGAAAGCUGUUUAUGCAGCAAAAACAAUCCUUGAAAGAUGUCCUGGACAAAAGAUAUUAAAUGAGACAUCAAAGGGUGUUUGCGCACUUUCUCUCAAAGGAGAAUGGGAAAACAACAUCAGGGCUGAUCUAAAGAGUAUCGUUGAAGGUGAUGUUGCCCAAACAAUUAAGAGUGGACAAAUAACAGCUGUUUCGGCAGAAAAAGCUUAUUUCUAUGGAAAAGUUAUAUCUCUCAAGAAAGGAAAUACUGAAUUCCUGAAUUCUGAAGAAGGAAUUUACUUUAACUAUAUAUUGGAAUGCAAAUACAUUCAUUCACAAGUUCCAUUAGGCUAUGUUUUGCAAUCUAAAACUGAUACAAUAACAGUUUACAAGAUUGAAGAAGUCAAAUCAACAACAACAAGAACUUACACUGUAACUAAUGAUGGUUUGAAAGUUGAUAUCAAUUACAAGAGAAAAGAUUCUGGUCCUACAAUGAGACCUUUGUUUAUGAUAACUCUUGAUUUAGGUUUCGAAAGAUUUAUUAGUUACAAAGUUAGAAAUGGAAAUUGGAAAUCAUAUGAAUUACAAGAUAACAUGGAAUUCGAUCAUGUUGGAGCAACAAUAAACAAGAAUACAAAGAUAUCAAUAUGUAAUCCUGUAACAAAGAAAGGAAUUGUUAUUAAUUGUCCAAGUAACUUCGAAUCAUUUGUUAUUCAUGUUAACAGAACUUCUCAAAAAGUAAGAGUUUCUUUUGUUGGUGAAUACAUUGCUCCUCCAAAGGAUUAUAAUAUUAAUCAUAACUUCGUCAUUCUUCCUUAUGAUCAAAUCCCAGAUGCACCUGUUUUCCAAGGAAAUAAUGUUAAAAGCACUCGUGAUCCAAAGAUUAAAUAUGGAUAUGCAAAAGGAGAUAAAAUUGUUUUGCCUGAUUUCAUGUGGAAUUACGUUAAUCAAAAUUGGAGAACUAGUGUCAGUGAUAGCGAAUCUCCAACAGGAAUGAGUAUGAAAUUGACACAAUCUAAUGAGCCUCAGAUUCUGUAUUAUGCUGCACAUGAAUGGCCAUGGUAUUUCCUUAGAGAUGGUAAUUACACAGCCUCAAUGAAUGUGAAAUGUGUGAAUGUCAAUAAUAAUAAAUCUUUGGCUGGCUUCUAUGGUUUCGUCCAUGAUACUGAAAUCGAAUACACGAUAGUUUAUGGAAAACCAUCUGAUUUCAAAGAGAACACAUACAGAGAAAUCAAGUUAAUUAAUCCAUUCCUUAGACCAGAAACUCAUUUCAUUAUAUCAAACAAAUAUGGUGGAUGCAAGUUUUUGCAUUUAAGUCAACUAACUCUCACAGUUAUUGAUCCUCCAAUAGAUCAUGUUUUAAGAACAUGGCCAGAAGUAGAACUUGAAAAGAUGGAGAAGCCAAAAGAAGAAGAUUAUAAUCAAACAGAUGACAAAUCAGAAGAAGGAAAAUCCGGAUCGAAGAAAUGGAUUGCAGGUGUAGUUAUUGGUGUAAUUUUAGUUAUUGCUGUUAUUGCAAUUGUUGUUUUUAUUAUUUUGAAGAAGAGGAAAGAAAAUGAAGACGAUCCGAGUGAAAAAGAUGAACUACAAAUGAGUGUUAUUGUAUAG